UCAUGUGAACUUGAAACGGUGGAUGAACAUUCCCCAACAAUGACAGUGGCCAUGUUGCAAGAUAAUAAAAUAGCGAAAGAGCAAAUGUUGGACUAUUUAAUUUUUAAAUCUUAAAACCCAACUAAGCCAAUCUACUUUUACGCAAAACACCUCUCCUGGUGCUUACUGAGAAAGUUGUGAACAUACGGCUGUCCACGUCACUGUCACCUCUCAACCAAUGGAAAUCGUGUCCGACAGCGGUAUAAAUAGAGGAGCGAGGAACUUACGGCCGUUAGAUCGCUACACCUAGAAGCUGUGGAUACAUUUUUUUCCUGCGGUCAUUGUGGACGCACGGAACUUGGAAACUUUUAUGAACUAAUGAUCUAAGAGCUUUGCCUUUCUUAACCACGGAUUUAUACUUCUGAAAACCACCACCAUGAGUUCCAGACGGGAUACUUCAAAAGGGACAAACAGAUCCCUGAAGCCAGUGAUAGAGAAGAAGAGGAGAGAUCGAAUAAAUCAGAGUCUGGACGAGUUGCGGACACUGCUCCUGAGCCACACGCUGGACACGAGGCUUCAGAACCCAAAGCUGGAGAAGGCAGAGAUCCUGGAGCUGACUGUGGAGUACAUCCGAAACAAAACUAACAGAGAGACAGCUCGCCGCAGCAGAGAUGUAGGGGUCCCUGUGCAGCCUGGUGAUGGGGUCCCCCCGGUUCCGGGCCCCUGUGCUGAGGGGGCGCCCCCCGUCUCCAGUUGCCUGUACUCGGCUGGGUUCCAGCAGUGCGUCUCCCGCCUCAGCACCUUCAUGGACUGCGUUAACCCCGCCCAGAGGCAGAGCCUCGUCCGGGGGCUCCAGCACUACCUGGGACCCCCCAGCCCCCCCCACCUGGAGGCGGCGUAUCACCCCGAAAAUGGCCCUCUCUACCCCGUCCUGCACCCGCCGCCCAGCCAAACCCUGACCCACCCAUACCCGUCUCCGCCCUACUCCCUGUCUCCUCCCCCCUCCCCCUGCUACACCAACGCCUCUCCCAACUUCCUGUCUGCCACGGGUCACUUCCUCUUCCCUCCCAAUCUCUCCCCCCUCUCCUGUGACUCCUCCUCCUCCUCCUCCACUUCACCUCAGCCCCUCCCAAGCCUCUGCCCCGCCUUCCCCUUACUGGUGGCCCCGCCCCUUCCCCCGUCGGCUCCGCCCACCCCUCACCUGCCAACCGCGCUCCUCUCUCCAGCCAAGAGGGGGCAGCGGGGAGCCCUGAGGCGGGAGUUAUUCCCCCUCCCAGCCAGCGCCGUGUGGAGGCCCUGGUCCUGAAUCCCCAAAUCCCCCCCCAAUAAAUCUGCAGGAUGACAAGUCUGCAUCGCCCUCCCGCUAUGACUGAGGGUUCAGAAUGUUCCGGAAGAACGGGCAAUCCCGAGCAGGAAGGAGUGACGUCCGCCCGCCAGCAGGAGGAGAGAAGACCAGGCGCGAACGCAGCGGUACCGCCACCGCGACUGCGUGCCGCCGCUGAGCGGGGCCCGCGCUAAGGGUGUGGCUGGGCGUGGCCGUGGGGGGCAUUACAGCCUGGCUGUUCCCCCCAAAACUGCCCCAGUGGGUUGAGCCUCUAAGGCCUUAUGGCUGGAGGAAGAGAGAAACAGCGCCACAGGACAGUGCUACACAGAGUCUGAAUAGUUCCACAUCCCUCUGUCUCUGUGUCUCACCUGUUUCUCUGUGGCCUUACCUGAGAAAAUGACUGAUUAUACUUGCCUUUACUGUAAAUAAGUACAUAAAUCUAUAUCUGUAUAUUUUAUAUUUAAAGAGUAAACUUGUAAAUGCACUGUAAAUAAUUUCAAUAAAUUUAUAUUUCCUUA